AGUGAGAAGUAACCCUCUACCCAAUUCCUUUCUCUUUCAUAAUCUCUCUAUCAAUCAAUCUCCGAUCUUCGGAUUCGACGAAUCCGUCAUCGCCGACGGAAUCGUGGCCGUGUAAUAUUAAAUAGGCGACAUCGGAGGGAUGGGUAAGAAGAGAAAAUCAACAGCGACGAGUCUCGAUGAGGUAGAUCGGACUGUUUACGCUUCUUUUCGCACCGCCGCUAACUCUUUAUCUCAGCUUUAUACUCAGUCUAUGAAUCAUCAGAAACUAUCUUUUCAAGCCGGUGAACGCCAUGGUUUGGAAAAACUGUACCAAUGGAUAUGGAGACAACAAGAAGGAGGGUCAAGAGUGACACCUAUGGAUAUAGUCAAUUAUAUUCAGAACGAGCUCGAAUGCUGCAUAGACGAGCCUCCAAUAUCUCCAAGAGCGCCACCAACACAACCAACAAUGCAUGUCACAAAUUCCGGGCUCAUGGCCACUUCAGGUACUUCUUUCCCAACACCUGUUCCUGUGGUUCGGUCUGAGCAAUGUGAGAACCAGGCCAAGAACUCGGUUUUCUCAAAUGCACUUUCCAGCCCAAUACGGCGUAGUCUUCAGAACUACCAAAUUCCGCAGGGAGCCUACACAUCUGGCGGAACGAGAAGCAGUGAAGUGAACAGGGGAUCUAACUCUCCAGGUUCUAUUGAUUCUUCAAUGGACAUGCAUGCAGAAUAAGAACUGUGAUCAUAAAUACACUCUUGUUUAAUGAUGUUUGAUCUAUAUACAAAAACCCGUUUGAUUCUUCAUAAUGUAUCAAUUGAUUCGUAUCUUGGAGGUGGUUUGCUGGUAAUUUGGUUAAGAGUUUCUAUAAGGUCACAUGUAAAUCAUUGUGUCUGAUUCUGAUCACUUGCUUAACUCUUUUAAUUUUUCAUGUGUUAAACUACUUGAUGACCAAA